CUGCAGCCGGUUUCAAUUGUGUACCACGCCACACACAAAAACCAAAGCUUUUAUUUGUUUUUUUCAAGUCUUGAUGAAAACGAGGACCCUGUAACUGGCCUUGAAAGAGUGGCGUCUUACUCCAGCAUCGAUGCUGAAGAAAGACGGCAACGAAGGUUACAGCAGGAACAGAGGUUGGCACAACGUGAAGAAGCCAGAAGGAAACAGGAAGAGGAAGUCGCUCUUUCAGCUCGUUAUGAGAGUCUCGACUAUGAGAUUGUUGAAAAUCAAUUGUACAGGUCGGAGGAAAAGGAUCCCAACCAUCAGCAGAUACUCUUUCGGCAGUCGGUCAAUCGUUGGGCUGUGUGUUUCUUCAUUGGCGUCGUUACUGGCGCAGUUGCAGCUUUUAUCGAUAUUUUGAUUUAUUAUAGUGGCCGAGUGAAGUUUCAUUACAUCAUUAGUAACUAUUUAGUGCUAAAACUGUGUGAAAAACAGCUUGACAACGGUGGUGGUUGUGUUUGGAUGGUUGAGCUAGCAUGGAUCAGCUACAACUGUUUUCUCGUUUCAAUUUCGGCCUGUUUAGUUCUUUUCGUUGCUCCAGUUGCUGCUGCGUCAGGAAUUCCACAAGUGAAGUGCUUUUUAAACGGUGUCCAAAUUCCCGGCGUCGUUCGGCUGAAAACUUUAAUAGUCAAAGCGAUAGGUGUAGCUUGUUCAGUGGGAGGAGGACUUAGCGCUGGAAAGGAAGGUCCUAUGAUACAUUCUGGUGCUGUAGUCGCUGCAGGUAUAUCUCAAGGACGUUGCAUUUCCUUGCCACUAGAUUUCCACGUGUUUGAGCAGUUUCGCAAUGAUAGAGAGAAACGUGACUUUGUAAGUGCCGGAGCCGCCGCUGGAGUUGCUGCUGCGUUUGGCGCCCCAAUAGGAGGAGUCCUGUUUAGCUUGGAAGAAGGUGCAAGUUUUUGGAAUCAGAACUUAACAUGGCGCAUGUUUUUUGCGGCGAUGAUUUCGUCGUUUACUGUUAAUCUUAUCCUAAGUGUAUUUUACGGUGUCAGUGGCUUUUUGUCGUGGACGGGUCUUGCGAACUUUGGUGUUUUUGAGAAUAUUGAAUACAACAUUUGGGAAAUCCCGAUUUUUCUCUUUAUUGGCGUAAUGGGUGGGCUCCUGGGAUCGUUCUUCAACUUGUUAAGCGUGCGUUUGAUGAAAUUUAGGCAGAAGUAUGUCACCACUCCUCGACAGAGGCUGUUCGAAUGUCUCUUGGUUGCUGCAGUAUCUGCUUUCACCGGUUUUUUGACCCUUUUUGUAGUUGAUGACUGUCGGGCAAUUGGUGUUAAUCCAGAACUGACAGAACUUAACAAGUUGUGGUGCCGGAAGGGAGAGUAUAGUGCAGUUGCUAACUUGUUCUUUCAAAGUCCUGAGGAGAGCGUGAAAAGUUUGUUCCAUAGUCCAAUUAAUUCUUUCAGAGCGUCUACAUUAUUUAUUUUCGCUAUUGAAUAUUUCAUUCUGACUCUCUGGACGUAUGGCUUGUCGGUUCCCAGUGGUAUAUUUAUUCCCUCAAUUCUCACUGGUGCAGCAUGGGGACGUCUUGUAGGUAUAGGGGUUGAGUCUCUGUUCCCAAAUGUGACAGGAGUUGAUCCUGGGAAAUAUGCGUUGGCUGGUGCAGCUGCUCAGCUCGGUGGCAUUGUGAGAAUGACUUUAAGUUUGACAGCAAUCAUUAUGGAAGCAACGAAAGAUAUCACUUUUGGAUUACCUCUCAUGCUUGUUUUAAUGAUUUCAAAAUGGGUAGGAGAUAUUUUUAAUAAAGGUCUUUACGAUUCUCAGAUCGAAUUAGCUGAAGUGCCGUUCCUGGGAUGGAACCCUCCGAAACUAUCGCGAAACAUUCUCGCAGAGCAGGUGAUGCGCAAAGACGUUGUAGCUAUGGAACCGCUUGAACGUGUCAGUAGAAUUCUCGAAAUUCUCCGAACAACCCAACACCAUGGUUUCCCAGUCGUUGAUCAGAUUAAUCCGUCAAAGGGCAAUAACCACCUUCCUGAUUACGGGCACAUUAAAGGGCUCAUUCUGCGGUCGCAAUUAAUUACUUUGCUUCAAAACAGAAAUCAAACUGAUGAAAUUAGAUACGACCGCUGGCUAGAGAAGGUACGGAUAGCAACAGAUGAAGAAAACUGUUGGGUAGAUCUUAGAAGAUAUUUACAUCCCCACCCCCACAGAGUACCGUUAAACACCUCGCUCCAAUCAAUCUUUACGUUGUUCCGGGGCCUCGGACUACGAUACUUAAUUGUUACAGAUGACGAGAACAAUGUUCGAGGAGUGAUUACACGGAAGGAUAUAGCACGCUUCAAAGAACAGCGGAAAAUCAAGCGUUAUUCGAUUCGCGAGCUUUUCGUGUCCGAUUUCAAUGGAUGA